AUGGCAAAGAAGACGUACAGAAAGAUCGCCAGCUCCGCACACUCGGAAAACAUAAGCUUUUUUUCUUCUCUUUUUUAUCAAUGGAUGAACAUUUUGAUGAAGACUGGGAGUGAACGAGCUGUUGAUGAAAAUGAUCUUUUUCCGCUUAAAGAAGAAACCACUUCUUGGUUUUUGACAAAGAAACUUCAGGCAAAAUGGUCCGAAGACAUAGCUGAUAGUAAAAUGUAUGAUGUUAAACCAAAACUUUGGAAAAGCGUAUUGAAGAUGUUAACUGCGAAGGAAAAAAUGAUCUUAGUUUUGACUAUGAGUGUCGAGACACUUUGUCAUAUUCUUCAGCCACUACUUCUUGGAUAUCUUGUGAAAUCCCUGAUGACAGCAGAGCUACACAAUAUGUAUCUUCUCUAUGGCAGUGCCAUCGCACUAGGGAUAAAUGGAGUGAUUUCUUCUGUUGCCACGCACCAGGCUGACUACCACUGUGAGGUGUUGGGUAUCAAAAUAAGCAGCGCCCUUAAAGGAUUAGUGUAUAUGAAGGUAAUGAACAAAAAUGUCAGACUGUAAAAGGUUUGGACCCAGGAGUCAUUUCAAAAGUAGGUUGAGUUUGUUCGUCCAGGUGAACGUAGUCCUGAAUAGGACUGUUGUUGUUGACAGUUACUGACGUUUCGACAACCUGUGCGGUAGUCAUCUUCAGAGUCAAAGUGAGUUGUAUCACGUCAGUUGAUGGUAUUAUACUCGGGUUAUUGAUCUGAUUGGUCAAUUACGUCGCGAUGUUAUUGGUCGUCUGUCAGAUAAGCCGUGAUAUUAUUGGCAAUGAAGUCAAUAGACCCAGAGAACUGACAAUUUGACUAACAAUAGACGACUGUUUAACUGUGACAAUAGACGGAUCGAAACGCACCAAUUACUGAUUACGAGUCUUCAUAGUCAAUAACAUCACGGCUUAACUGACAGACGACCAAUAACAUCGCGACGUAAUUGACCAGUCAGAUCAAUAACCAGAGUAUAUUACCAUCAACUGACGUGAUACAACUCACUUUGACUCUGAAGAUGACUACCGCACAGGUUGUCGAAACGUCAGUCACUGUCAACAACAACAGUCCUAUUCAGGACUACGUUCACCCCGACGAUCAAACUCAACCUACUUUUAAAAAUGUCAGAGACGGCCAGAUGUGUCCACACCGAUGAGGAGGUGGGCUUAAACCUUUUAGUCAGUCCAUUUAAGUCAACUGACCUGGGCCGAAAUAGAGCCUAAGGCAGCGUUCACACCUGGUGCCCCGGCACGGUGCUCGAGUUUUGUACUCGCUUGGCACUAAUGUGUACACACCCUUUUUUAAGAAGUUACGCCAGAAUUCGUGCACCGUGCCUGUGCCCGAGUACAAAGCUACCCGAGCACUCAAGAGGUCACUGGGUCCCUUUGUGUACACCGACUUUUUCAGUUCUAGGGCAAUCCACUGCUUUGUACUAACUGCUAAGCACAAGUUCAAAAAUGGCGCUCGACAGGACGAAAGGAACUUUAUACGCAGAAAACUAUUGAUUGAGCGAGAAAACACACAAGGUUGUUCUUGGCCAAUGUCAAACACGUUUACAAAUCUAUGAUCGAGGGCAUGAUUACGUUCAUACCCAAACGGGACAUGGAAGUCCAGCUUACCGUACUAAAUUGUCCUUUUUUGUAGAAUAGGGAAAAAUAGGCCAUUUCCGAGUUGCGUCAAGAUGUUAUGGCUAGAUAUUCCAGAGCACUUAUCCGUCAAUUUAGAAUCUAUACAAAAACGGGCCCUUAUGAUUGUUUUCCCAGACUAUAGUUAUGAUGAAGCUCUGACCCUCUCUGGCCUUGAGAGUCUUGAGAAAAGACGACUUUCUAUAAGCCGCAGGUCCAUCUCGGCAUGGAGGUUACGCACUCGUCAUGAAGUUAUUAGUGUACCAUACGAUCUUAGAUCCAGCCAUGAAGCCCUUACAUUAGAAUCAAAAAAGAGAAUGAUUUUAUUACCUUUAAAUUUUGAGACUAGUUUCAUAACGCCCAUAACUUUUUUUAUUAUUCAUUCAAAGUAUUUCCCCAAUUCUGAUUGGCUAACAACACACGCAUAAUUCACCUUAACUAGUUACUGAUAAACAAAUUUGGAAGAAUUUUGUGUUUAACGAGGAAAUGAGGUAAAAAAUGCAGCCUUUUACGGGUUAAUGUACCGUUAACCGAGAAGACCUGGGGACGAGAAUGAGUUGUUUACGUUGUAAAAACUAAAAUGGCGGACACUUCACUCGUUUAAAGAGUAAGAACUACGGCUGGAACUAGGCGGAUAGGCGAAAUAAUGGCUAAAAGCAGAGCAAAAACAGCAAGGAGACAAAUCGGAGGGUGACAUCCGCUCUUUGGAGAAUAUUUGCGGAGCUGGACAAACCUUAACGUAAACUAUCGAAGAUAAACUUAACAUCGAUGUAAGUAAGCUUGUUUUAGCUAUGUUUUUAAACUAGAAAUUAUUUUGAAUGAAUAAUAAAACAAUUAUUGAAUUCGACUUUCUUAUCAUAUGAAGAUCCUCGAUCUCCAUAAUUCUUCAUAAGAUGCUCAGCCUCAUUCAUUAAUUGUUCAGUUGUAUUUUACUGCAAAGAGUGGAAAUAAACGAUGUUUAUUUAUGUUUUACAAGCAUCUGUUCACAGGCAAGGGUAAGUGCAGAGCCAUGGAUAUGAAAAUUACUUAAAUCUAAUAAUAUAUUCUCAUGCAAAUAGAACUCAUUUUCAGAGGAAAUGAUAUGCGCUUGGCCUCGUUUUGACAGGGAGAGUUUUGGGAACUCAUACGCUGUGACAACGUUAAUAGUGACAAAGCUAAUAACAUUUUUGCAAAGAUAACUUACGAACUUUAUUUUCUUGUUGCAGACGCUUCUUCUCAGCAAGGAUUCAUUGCUGAGACUUUCAUCAGGUCGAGUCAUUGAUCUCGUAUCAAACGAUGUUCAGCGAAUAGAGAGUGAUACUUUCGUGUACUUUUUUGCUGGAGCUCGAAGCAUCAUACUACUUUUAAUAUUAACCUUUUUACUGGUCUGUUUUGUCGGAUGGCAGGCUCUAACGGGAAUUUUUUUACUGUGUAUUGUUCUGCCAUGUUACCUUUUUUUCGCCUAUGCUGGGGCUUUACUACGCCUGCGUACAGCCGCAGUUUCUGAUCGACGCAUCACGAUGAUUGGCCAGGUUGUUUCUGGAAUCCGCGUCAUCAAAACAAAUGCAUGGGAAGAUGAAUAUAGAGAAAAGAUAAAGAACGUGCGAAGGUAAGGAAAACUUUAACCAUGCAUAAAUAUUAAAAAGGUUCUGAGUAAGCAAUAAUUUUUUUGUCAUAUCCACAAGCAAUUAAUUUUAAACUCACACUUUUUCGUGGUUUGAAGCAGUUGAUAAAAAGAAACCUAGAUAUAAAAUUUAAUAAACUUAAGGUGAUUCCAUAGUAAAAGAACCUAACAUAGAUUAUAGCUGAAACUUGGUACACUGAUGUAAAAAGUCAAGAAGAUGAAAAAAAAGUUAUAAAAAGUGGGGGUCACCGGUCUCGUUUUGACGUCACAAUGCUGACAAAUACGGCUAUUUAGGACCCUUUUACAAAAACCGCGGGGAGCCCAAAACUAGACAAAAAGGAGAGAUUUUUUCGAUGAUACAUGUGGCAUCACACAGAAUUUGACUUUAAUGUAUUGUUUAUCCACUUACGUACCAGAAAAAUGCCUUUUAAUACCCUUGUUUUUACUUUACGCUCCAAUUUAAAAUUAAAUUGGACGGGCGCUUUUCGACCAGUGAUGGCUCAAUCCGUACAAUUUAGUAAAAUUGCCAAAGAACUGAACAUACAUUUGUGACAAUUUUUUUCUCAUCGAAAGAAAGCACUGUCCUUAUUAAAAUCAUGAAAUUAAAAAUGGGGGUCACCGUUCUCGUUUUUGCGGUAGAGCUGCAGAAAGUGCGCACCAAAUGCAUUAUCUCCAAUUUUUGAGAGAGGACUGGGGCGAGUUUCAAAAUAGAAUGUAUGUGAAAGGGGGAAGAAAGCAUUAAAAAAUCCGUUUUUACAGAAUUUACAUCGAGAUGUUACAUUUAGGACACAAUGUGAUAAAGAAAGUGUUUAAAUGAAAAUCAAAGCGAGUAAGCACAAGUUAAACAUCAACUAUCGAGGUUCUCCUAGAGGAGGUCGAACUCAACAACACGCGUACUGCUUACGUUAUGAGCAUUGCCAACACAUUGAGUCUCACCUCGGCAAGAAACAACAGCAAGCAAAAAUUCCAAUAGCGUUUCUCUUCAGUCAACUUCAUUUUAAUAAUGUUACUUCACAUGCUCUUUUUUACGGCGGCCAUCUUGUUAUGCNGGGGUCACCGUUCUCGUUUUUGCGGUAGAGCUGCAGAAAGUGCGCACCAAAUGCAUUAUCUCCAAUUUUUGAGAGAGGACUGGGGCGAGUUUCAAAAUAGAAUGUAUGUGAAAGGGGGAAGAAAGCAUUAAAAAAUCCGUUUUUACAGAAUUUACAUCGAGAUGUUACAUUUAGGACACAAUGUGAUAAAGAAAGUGUUUAAAUGAAAAUCAAAGCGAGUAAGCACAAGUUAAACAUCAACUAUCGAGGUUCUCCUAGAGGAGGUCGAACUCAGCAACACGCGUACUGCUUACGUUAUGAGCAUUGCCAACACAUUGAGUCUCACCUCGGCAAGAAACAACAGCAAGCAAAAAUUCCAAUAGCGUUUCUCUUCAGUCAACUUCAUUUUAAUAAUGUUACUUCACAUGCUCUUUUUUACGGCGGCCAUCUUGUUAUGCGCAGUAAGAGAUGCGCAGUGCAAAACUAGGGAAUCACCUUAAUUUCAUGAAAAUGGAACGGAAAUUUAAGUUUGGUUUAUUAGCUCAUUCCCAGUUCGUCUCAGACCUAACCGACCAAACUUGGCAGUGCUUACUUCCUUAAAAAGGGAGGCGAAGUUUCAAAACUUCAAAAGAUCGCAGCUCAGCUCAGAGAGCACUUGGAGUGGUCUUGGGUUGAGCGAGAGAGACAAAUUCCCUCGUCUUUUCGGGAAUUGACCCAUGAUCGUUGAUGUUUACGCUCACAAGUGACAAGAUUGACAAUUGGGUUGAAAAAAGGAGCCGCGGCCGUGUCUUUAUUGGACUGUCCUCAAAGAGUCUAAAUAGAAACUGGAUGUCUCGUAAUCGACAAGCCUUUCUCGUGUUCUCUUAGCAUCCCGCGUGGGUUAUCACCGCGGUAAAACCCAUAGAAAGUGAGAUCUACCGCCUAAAUAACCAAUAAUAAUUACCAAUAGUUCUUAGAAAAAUCGAAGGGUAAUUCAUUGUCAAAGAUAUCGUGCUAUUUAGUAUCGGAUAAAUCCUCCCUGAUAGCAGUAAAUAUCAAGACAGUCAAUAUCAAAUGAAGUGAUUUUAUUUCCAAGUUCUUAUAAGUAUCAUAUGAAAGCGCCCUAAAGCAUUGUAUCUUUUAACAAGAAUAUAACCUUUCAAGCUCUUUAACAUUACUGAAAAAAUCCUUGUAUUUUAUUUAUAGUGAUGAAAUCGAUUUGACCACUAAGAAGAGUGCUUUUAUGUCUAGCAUUGCUGCUCUCGAAUACAUUUCAACACCAAUGGCAACCCUGGUGACUGUCAUCACUCUUAUACUAACUGGUCAGCCUGUGACACCAGUUAACGUCUUCACUUUCCUCUCAUUUAUCAAUGUUUUAAGUGGGAGCUUCUGUAUGAACUUUUCCUAUGCCUCCAUCCAAACUUACGACGCUUAUGUAUCACUGAGCAGAAUACAAGACUUUCUUCUUUUAAACAAUCUUGAUUCAACGAAAACCACGAUAAAUCCACCAGAGGGAACAGAAGGAUCGUGUUUUUCUAACAACUCGAAGGAAAGUCAGCAAGAAACUAUUUUACGGGUCAGAAAUUUCAAUCAGCAACAGCAACAAAAUGAAUCAGAAGAAUCGUCUUUGCAAUUUAUUGAUUUCACCGCUGAAAAAGGGAGUUUAACAGUCAUAACCGGACCAGUGGGCAGUGGCAAAUCUACUCUUCUGUCAGCAAUUGCUGGGGAAGUACCAGACCAAAACGGGGCUAUAACCUUGAAAGGAACUGUUGUUUAUGUGCCGCAGAUUGCUUGGAUAUUCUCGGGAACUAUUAGAGAAAACAUUUUGUUUGGCGAACAGUACGAGGAGGAAAAGUACAACAGAGUCAUUGAAGCAUGUGCUUUGACUAAAGACAUUGAAAAGUUUCCAGACUUUGACCAAACGAUCGUUGGAGAACGUGGCGUGGUGCUUAGUGGUGGCCAGCGGGCAAGAGUAAGCUUAGCACGGGCAGUCUACGCCGAAGGAGAGCUUUACUUGUUGGAUGAUCCCUUAAGUGCUGUGGACUCUAAAGUUGCCGAUCACAUUUUUAGGGAAUGCAUCAAAGGCUUGCUUGGAAAGAAAACUCGGUUAAUAACGUCUCAUCAAGAACGAAUCAUGCGUGACGCCGACAACGUAAUUGUAUUAUUUAAAGGUCGAGUAUUGAGCCAGGGAAAUUUCACUGAGCUAAAUGAAAGUGGUAGCCUGAAUAAAACUGUCGAUCCAAUUUACGAAAAGGCAAACAAAUCGGAUAUUAGCGUUGGUGAGGACGAUAAAGACGAAGUAGAAAUUUCUGACAUGAGUGGUACACCUGUACCGAAAGAAGUGCAGGGUCUCCACUUAUCACAAGAAGAUCGCGCCAUUGGAGUGGUGUCAUCAGGACUUUACUGGAACUACUUUAGAAGCGGAGUUCCUUUGCUGGUAAUCAUCGCAGGAAUUUGCUUAUGUUUAAUAAGUCAAGGUAAGGUGCGCUAAGAUAAUAAUAACUGAACCUUACCACCACACAUUUUUUUAUCCCUGGGAGAGUGCGGAUGACCGAAUCCGAGCAACCUGAAACUCUAUAACCUAACUGCAUAUGAUUGGAUCUUCUUAUAAAUCGAUUUGUUGUAUUGAAAAGCUAGUGACUGCAUUAAUUUUCUGUUGCUGCUUCAUUUUUUUGGUUCUUUUGUUUUGUUUGUUUGUUUGUGUGCUUGUCUGUUUUUUUUUGUUUGUUUGUUUGUUUGUUAUUUUGUUUUAAUAACAAUAAAUAAUGGCUAAGCAGGUUGCAAAGUAUUUGUGGAAAAGAUCGUCUUUAAACUUAAGUUGAUUUAAUACAUUCAUGUUUUAUUUUGAAGCUGUAGCUGGGCAUUCUGCUCACUCAAUAGCUUUCUCCUAACUUAUGUCCCGGAUUGAAUACAAUCUCAAGUUUUCAGUUCUCGGUUUCCAUUGGUUAGCAUGGACUUUGGCUUAAAUCACUUUGGCUAGCAUAGUGAAAUUAGGUCUUUAUUAUUUAUUGGUUCUUCAUCCAUUCGAUCUAACCAGUCAGAUUUGGUUUAUUAAGAGCUAAUCAGAUUCGAGUAUUUCUUUUUAAUUGUUAUCGUUCUAUUGCAUUUAAAACUAAUGAGAGCUACUAUCUAUCUUCAAAUGAAAAGUUUCUGCGACUGCGUAUUCGAAUAGCCCUCUACUGGAAAAUUCAAAUGCAAGGCAGCUAUCAAUGUAUUCUUCACAUGAUUUCUGCCCGUUGCCAGGAAUAAUUAUGUUGAGUUGUAAGGAUAUUGACAAAUGAAAAAACGUGACUGGUCACUGGGGAAAGGCUGUCAAAGUCUGGUGAAAAUAAACUUCAUUCAUUCAUUCAUUCUUCUCGUUUUGCCAUUAACCACAUACAAAUACAACAACAAUAUAUAUAAAUUUAUAACACAUUAAAGAUAAUAUGCACUAUUCCAACUAAAUUACUUACAAAAUUAAAUGUUUUGAGUGGUUGUUACAAGGAAGCCUAUAUAAAAGCCGGGGACUUAUAAACUAUACGCAUCCUGGACUAUAGGGUAAACCAAAUAUGCAAGUUCAAGGUACUGAAUGAAUUAAUUGUACGGAAUUGAAUGAAUUAAUGCGGACAAUACAUAUAUCCAUGAAUACUAAAUUUCAGUGUGAGUAUUGUCAAUGUUUUACAUUCAAAAGAUGCGAUAAAUUCAAGCUAAGAUGUACUAGUCACGGAGGUAUGAGAAGUGCCCAUUAUUUUGGAAAAAUUAGUAUAAGGUCAAAACAAUGAAGUUGUAACGAAGAUUUUUGACAGGUUCGUAGGAUGGGUUUGUCUUGAAGUUUCAAGGUGUUGCAGUGAAUCAAUCUUAAUGAAAGUUUCAGACAUUUUUAUAUACAUUAUGAAGAUUAUGUGAAGAGAUUUUAAAAAAAUUCGUCCGCGUCUCUUCAGAUAUACAAGAAAGCGCUAAAAGUCCACAUUUUGACUGAAGUUGCACUUAGACAGGUGGUGAGAAAACGGGUUAGUUUUUAAGAUCGCAAGAACGAAAGUACACCAAAAUUUCCUAGCAUCGAAAUAUGAUAUUUAGCAGCAUUCUGACGCUACUUAAGAAUUAUUUAGUUAUUUAUAACGUUUUUUUAAAUGAUGUAUCACGGCUAUUGAAAAUUUAAGGUUUGAAAUAUAUUUUCGUUUUAGUCGAAUUCAAACAUACAGAAUUUUUUACUUCUUACGGAGAUUGUUUGCUUAACACCAAACUUUCAGCUCCUAGUGUUGGAUUUUUAGUCGCAAGUCUAGAUCACACAAAAUUCGGCUUUUAAGCAUUUCAGAAUUCAAGAUUUCAGGACGUAAAUUAAAAUCUUUGUGGGAAAAAAACUAUGUUUGUGUCAUGAGCAAAAGGAAUAAAGUCCGCCACCUUUGACACAUUGCACAGAUCAUUAAUAAGAAGCAGAAAGAUCAGGGGGACUAGUAUAGAGCCCUGAGGCACCCCGCACUUUUUCGCAUGCCUCUGAACUGAUACCAUUAAAUUCCACAUAUUGUUGUCUAUUGCUUAGAUAGCAUUUGAACUAUCUAUUAAGUGCAGUGCCUCGAACACCAUAAUGCUCUAAUUUUGAAGUUAAAAUGUUAUGUAUUCCUUAUUUUCAAUAGCGGUAGAGAUUUUGUCAUAAAAACAAGCAAGAGCAGAAGCAGUGGAGUGAUGCUUACGAAAACCAUAUUGAUUGACAGAGAGAUUGUUAUGAUUAUUAAAAAAGCCUUAAAAGACCAUUGUACAUUACCCUCUCUAGAAUUUAGAGAAUGCUCGUAAAACAGACACAGGUCUUUCUAGCCUUUUUUGUAAGUUACAAAAAAUAAAAAUAAAAAAAAUGAGACCAUAUUCAAACGUUGAACUUCAUGUAGGAUUAGAAAAGACGCGAAAACAACCAGCAUAUAACAAGCCACAACACACCAUCUUUGUUUCAAGGUCGCAAAUUAAUGCCAGUCUUCUUCAUAGACACCCAAAAAUGUAUGACUAAUAACAAUAAUAAUAAUUUAAUUACUUCUAUUGCGCAGGUAAUCAUAAAAAUGAUCAGAUGCGUAUUACAUUAGUAAUAAAAGCAUAAAAAACCUACAAACCUAUUUCAAUAGGCAAAACAAUAAGCCCACAAUAGAAGUCUAAAAUUUCGAUUUGUAACAAUUAAAUUCAUUCAACCAUAAGCAAACUUAAAAAAGGUACGGCUUAAGAUUGCUCUUAAAAGUAUUCAAGUAUAUAAUAUCGCGAAGCUCACGCAGUAGAGCAUCCAUAACUUGACGAUCUGAGGUUAUAUGCGCUUUGCGAUUUCAAAGAAACUAAGUUCUGAAUGUAUGUAGGGGUUAUACCAUAGAUAGCCUUGAAUGCAAAUAGCAAAAUCUUAAAAUGAAUGCGCUGUUUUAACGGAGGCCAAUGUAGCUCAUACAUCAGUGGUGUAAUAUGGCUGAAGCACGGACGGUGGAGCGCAGCAAACAAGCCUCCAGAACUAUUACUCCAUUCGUUUCUGACCAUUAUUUUUCUUAUAUUUCCUUUAGCAAUGCUUGUUUCCUGCGAUGUGUGGCUUUCCCUUUUGACAAAGACACACCCCAAGGAUCAAAAGAACGAGACAAGCCUUAUCAUCUAUGGCUCUCUUGUUGGGGCAUCUUUCAUAUUUCUCAUCAUUCGAGCAUUUAGCUUCUAUCUGGUAUGUUUACGAUGUUCUGAACGUCUUCAUGAUAAAAUGGUUGCGGCUAUUCUACAGGCACCAGUCGUAUUCUUCGAUUCAAAUCCCGUGGGAAGAAUUAUGAAUCGAUUCUCUAAAGAUAUAAGUUGUAUGGAUGAUGUACUACCUAAAACGUUUCUGAGAGCAAUCCAAAGGACCUUGCUGAUGUUCACCUCAAUACUUCUACCAACUGUCAUAAACCCUUGGCUUCUGUUUGCUCUUACGCCAAUAGCUGUGUUAGCGGGAGUUAUUUCAAGAUAUUACUUAAAGACGUCAAGGGAGCUGCAAAGGCUGGAGUCAGUUAGUCGUAGUCCAGUCUUUUCUCACUUUUCAGAGACACUGGAUGGACUGGACACAAUUCGGACGAGAAAAAAAGAAAAAGAUUUCGUGGAUGAAUUUUGCAGGUACUUUACUCAUUUUUUUGUCUUUGUUGUUGAAUAAUUUUGAUAUUUGUAAUCUGAAUAGCUCAAGUUUAAAAUGAGUAACUCCUCGAUUAAUUAGUCAGUCAAUUGGGUAGUCAGGUAGACUUGCUAUUGAAAGUCUAGGUAGUCAGGUAGGUAGUCGAUUUGUAACACGAUCGCCGUGUGGUUUCAUCGGGGUGAUUAAUGUGUUGCUACCAUUAGGUCUCAGUUAUCUUAACUAGGCUGUUUUGGUAACGUUACUCUGGGACGAUCACCUGGGAUUUGGACAAGCUAGCUCUCCAGAUUAUGACGUCUUUUUACAUUCUUCUUUUAUCAUAUGACAAGGCGUUUUAAUGCAAAAGAUUCUUUUUUCAAAGAAUGUCAAGAUCUUCAUACUAAGUCAUACAUUAUGGUUUUUGCCAGCCAGCGCUGGCUUGGUGUACGCUUGGAUUGUCUCUCCGCUCUUUUGACUGCUGCAACGGCUCUUGCUUCAGUUAUUGUAUCACAGGAUGCUGGUAAUUAUACUUGCAUAUGUAAUCAGCAAAUUAAUCCAUGUUUAUAUGAGCUGUUAAAUUUCUUAGAACACAUGAAUCGUAGGGCCAGCUAUUUGGAACCACUAGGGGCGGAGCGGAAGUUGACGUAUGUCAUCAUAUUCCACUCGGUAGUAAUUGGUUGGCCUGUUUCUCUUUCUUAAGGAUGUCACGUAAGAGUAUCAUUGACAGAAACAUUUGGCUGCGGAAAUGGGCUCAUUGAAUCGCUCAUAUUAGCCACGAUUUCUCAUAUUUUCCCUGAAAAUCCGCUUAUAAAGCUCUUUAGAUGCUAUUCUGCUCACCCGGUGUCAGUUGUGAGAUUUACCGGCUUUGAAAAGCUGUUUCAGUCGGCUCUAAAAUCAAGUCUCGCUUUCCCGGUUCGCCACGAAGUGCUUGUAUCAGGAAGAAAAAAUCCUGGCGCCCAGGGUAGCGAGGGACAGGUGCCCAGAAAAAUCUUCUUGCUAAAAAAGGGGGAUGGAAAUUGCACCCACCCCCAGCCUCACCUUAGCCCUCUUAGGGAUAAGUUCUCGAGAAUGCUUUUUUGGAACGCCAGGCAGACUUUCUAGGCAGAACAAAAUCCGUUCGAUUGUUCCGUACUAACAACCGCGCAAAAGAUUCUUACUUGUCCUGAACAGGAUAGCAUUUCCGACCAAGGGCCCGUUUCUCGAAAGCCCCGAUAGCUUCUCGGGACCGGAAAGCUGUUUUAUCUUGGCCGUGUUUGCAUUCAAGUUCAAAGUUUCAAUAACUAUUGAAAAUGAUGCAAUGAAACUAUCAGUUAAAGAAGCAAAAUUGAUUGGUUUCGGUGAGCUAGGAACUGUUACUAUUCAAUUGGUUUUGAUUUUAAAAUUUGCCUUCCAGCCCGAAAAGUUUGCGGGCCUUUCGAGAAACAGGCCCCUGGACAUAUUACCCGAAAAUGUUAUUUAUGGUUGAUGAACCAUAGCUUAAUAAACGUAUUCACCUGUUUUUUUUUAGCUUUUACCGGUCUGGCAUUGGUUUAUGUAGUUCAAAAUAUGGUUUGGACUCAAUAUGCAAUUAAGAAAUCAGUUGAAGUCGAAACUCUGAUGACAUCAGUUGAGCGAGUAAUGACGUACACCGAGCUUGAACCUGAACCUGGAUACAAAGUGGAACAAAAACCUCCGGAAAUCUGGCCACGUGAGGGUAAUAUCGCGCUUAAAGACGUAUGCCUGACGUACUAUCCGGGUGGUCCUCAAAGUUUAAAGAAUAUCACACUUAACAUCAAUGGGGGAACCAAGAUCGGGAUUGCGGGUCGGACGGGCGCAGGGAAAUCUUCCUUCGUGGCGGCUCUAAUGCGCAUGCCUGAACCCGAUGGAGACGUAUUUAUUGACAAUGUCAAUGUAAAAGACAUUACCCUCAAAGAAUCUCGACGAGCAAUAACCGUUCUUGGACAAAAUCCUGCCCUUUUUAGUGGAACGGUGAGACAAAAUCUUGAUCUGAUGGAGCAAUUUGAAGACGCGGAACUAUGGCGAGCUUUAGAACAGGUGCAGAUGAAAAGUCUUGUAGAGAAUUUGCCAGGCCAGUUGGAUCAUGAAUUAUUGGAGCAUGGGGCAAACUUUAGUGUUGGAGAAAGACAACUUAUCUGCUUGGCUCGAGUGCUGCUGCAGCAAAAGAAAAUCGUCAUUUUGGAUGAGCCAACUGCUCACGUGGAUCCGGAUACAGAGCAAACGAUCUGGAAUAUAGUACAUGAGAAAUUGGAAAAUGCCACGGUUAUCACCGUUGCACAUCGUUUGAACACAAUUAGAGACUGCGACAAGAUUUUAGUUUUAAAGAGUGGCGAAGUGGAAGGGUUUGAUAGCUUUGAUGUACCUGUGAAUAGAAAAGGAGGAAUUUUGAGUAAAAUGGAUCAUGCACCCAAGGAAGACACAUAA